AUGCUCAGCAUCGUCAUUGAGUCACACGUGGACUUUGUUUGGAUCAAUCGAGAUCAACAUUCCUUCGAGUGGUUUAUCAGCCUCAUCAGCGCCAUCGAGUUGGAACAGGCUGAGAUACCCGCAGCAGAUCGCUUUCUCGACAUCCAUCUCUACAUGACAUCAGCUCUCUCACCCAGUGACAUGAAGGCCAUCGGACUCCACGUCGCUCUCGAUCUCAUCCACAAGAAGAAAAAGCGAGAUACAAUCACGGGCUUGAAGACGAGGACCCAGGCUGGAAGGCCGGAUUGGGACGAGGUUUUCCAAAACCUGAAACAGCAGCACAAAGGCAAGAUCACUGUGUUCUUCUGUGGCUCUCCUGCUCUAGGAAAGGUCCUCUCAACCAAAUGCUUACAGUACCAAAUGGAAUUCAGAAAGGAGAACUUCUAAGACCAUGAAGACAUCGUGUUUUCAAUAAUUGACCAAACACAAAGUAAUCUAACUUUCUAAACAUAUGACAUGGAAAGUGGAGCAGAUACUAAAAUGGGCAAUUCCGCACACCGUGUCCCAUUCUGCACAAGAUUCAUUAAUUUCAUCUAAAGGUGAAUAUAACUCCAUAUGACUAUAGACUUAUGAUUCGUGAUCUUUAUUACUGAGAUUAGUGCAGACACUUGAAUUCAAAUACAUAUUUAAAUUUCCAAAUAUAAAAACACUUUUUACUUCUUCUGUUAUGGUCAGAUGGUUGGGAAAGCCAAUAAUAACUUCAGUCAAACUUGAUAUUGUAUUUGGGAGGAUAUUUUGAACAUAAGAGAAUCAGAUUUUGGGGU